AUGUAAGUAUUCAAAAUAUCAAAGGAAGAAUAUAUAAAUCAUUACAUAUGGCCUGGCAUAGAAUAGGGAUGUGAUUGUAGAUUUGACGAUUACUAUAUUGCUCCAAGGAGAAUGUUAUUUGAUAGAACUAAUGAAUUAUUCAAAUAAGAGUGCAAUAGUUCAAUGAGGGAAGCAGGGUGUAAAGAUAUUAAUGAAAUGAGCUCUAGAGACUUUAAAAUAUUACCAGUUGAAUCUGGUACUAAGAAAUUAAAACUUUGUGGUUUAAGGGAGGAAGGAAAUAAUAGUUUUGCUUUGAAUUCACCAAAAAUAAAUGAAUGUAAAGAAAAUGAAUUAAAAUGUGGAACAUUAUCUGAUUUUUUCUAUUGUACUUAAGAAAAAGAGUGUCCUAUUUUUUAGAUUAAAAAUAAUUCUAUUGUUGAAAGUGGAACUUAGGAUUAUUUUUAGAUUAUUAGAGAAAAUGAGAUGACAUUACCUUUGGUUGAAUUUAAGAUUGCUUAAGGGGAUGGAGUUUGCAAAAAAGUUAAUGAUAGAAGUAUUACACCAGGAAGACCUAAUUACGAUUUAAUUUCAGAUCCUGGACUGGAAUGUGACAGAGAUCCAAGAUUUAAAUUAAUUUAUAAAUUUAAUGAAUUGGAUUUCUUUUAAGCUAAUGAUGCUUUAGAUAUUGCCAAAUAAGCACCAGGCUAUGAAAUAUCAAGUUAAUAUCAAUGGGGUUUAUAUGGACGACAUUAUAUCAAUUUUAGUUUGCCUUGCAGAGAAUAUUAACAAGAGUUAAUGGAUUCUGUAGAUUCAUUUGAUGAAAUUGAAAGUUAGCAAUAAAUUUUAAUGAUAAUCUCAAUCAUUUCUGUAUGCAUCACUAUUUUGAUGUUUACUUUAAACUGUUGCACAAUGUGUGGGGUUGAUUUAUUUUUCAUAAAAGGGAAAGGAACUGAAGAAUCGAAUACUUUAUUUUUUAUUUAAUUUUUUUUUAAGGAAUCAGCCUAAAUAGCCAAUGCAGUUAUAAUAAUUCUUACUUUUACUCCAAUCCAAAAAUUAGUGGAUUUCUUCAAUAACUUAAUUAAUAGAGCUUGUUCUGAUAGAGUUACACUAGAUGAAUUUUAAAAGAUUAUAGAUCUUUUAAUAACGUCAACUUACGCCUUUGAUUUUAUAUACAUAAUCAUAUUUUGUGUUGGUGUUUUUAUUGAUUUUCUCGUUGGAAUUUUCCUUGCUUACAAAUAUGUAUAGGAGAGAAAACGAUUAGAGGAAUAAAACAAAUAUCAAGAUCCAAAUAAUUAAGGUUAAAAUAAUCCAGGAGUCUACAAUCCUUAUCCAUAAAUUUAAAAUUAUCAAAUUGAUGCAGAUCCUUUUAAUCCACGUAAAUAGAAUGAUAUAUAAAUUUAAGCAUGA